AUGCAUACAGGGAGCAAUGGAAAACAGCCAGGGAGGACCCCGAACCUGUUCCCCUGCAGCACUGAGUAUCAGACCGACUCCCAACCGUUGCGUCCGUGUGAGCUUCAGAGGGAAGAGGCUUUUUCAGCAGGAGAAGCCUACGUUCCUCAGUGCUCAGAGGAUGGCCAGUUCAGGACAGUCCAGUGCAGUAGGGAUGGUCUUUCCUGUUGGUGUGUAGAUGAGAACGGUGUUGAGGUUCCUGGCAGCAAACAGAAUGGAUAUCCUGUAUCUUGCUUGUCCUUUUGCCAGUUGCAAAAGCAGAGGAUCUUGGUAAGCCGGUACAUCAAUGGCAGCAGCAUCUCCUACAUCCCUCAGUGCCUGGAUUCAGGGGCUUUUGACCAGGUGCAGUGUGACACGGAGCUGGGGCAGUGCUGGUGUGUAGAUCCAGAGGGAAUGGAGAUUUAUGGCACCAGACAAAGAGGAAAGCCAGCACAGUGUCCAGGGAACUGUGAGAUCCGAGACCGUCGCAUCCUGCACGGGUUUGGAGAGAAGAGCCCACCACAGUGCUCAGCAGAUGGAGAGUUUCUGCCUGUCCAGUGCAAGUUUGUCAACACAACAGACAUGAGUGUUUUUGAUCUUGUUCAUAGUUACAACAGGCUCCCAAAGGCUUUCCAAAAGUUCAGCUCGGUGAGGGAAGCGUUCCCAGAGAUCUCUGGGUACUGUUACUGCGUGGACAGCCUGGGGAGGGAGUUAGCAGACACAGGCCUGGAGCUGCUGCUUGAUGAAGUUUACGAUACGGUUUUCUCGGUGCCGGAGCCUGCCCGCACGUUCACGGAGAGCAGCAUCCAUCGGAUCCUGCAGAGGCGAUUCCUGGGGGUACAGCUGGCCACCUCGGGCAGGUUCAGGUGCCCCUCGAGGUGCGAGGCCGAGCGCUCGGCAGCGCUGCGCUUCCAGCAGCCCGUGGUGCCGGCCUGCGCGGCCGGCGGGGCCUACGCGGCCCUGCAGUGCCACCCGCGGGGACAGUGCUGGUGCGCGGACCCCCGCGGCCGAGAGGUGCCGGGCACAAGGAGGCGAGGGCAGCCCCCGGCCUGUGGUGAGGAGCAAUCGUGCAUCUCCGAGCGGCGACGGGCCUUGUCGAGGCUCCUCUAUGGCCCUGCUGGGUACUUCAGUCAGUCCAGUUUGCUUUCCACUCCAGAUAAGCAGUCAGACAAAACUGAUGGCUUUUCAAGGCCCUGCCCUCCUUCUUUCAAGGAGCUGUUUCUGGACUCUGGAUUGUCAUCCCCACUUGCACAAAGCCCGUUUGCCAGCCAGACUCCUGAGCUAGAAGCCACCCUCAGUGAAGCCAUCACAGGGAUGUUCCCAUCGAGGGAGCUGGCUCGAGUGGCACUGCAAUUUACUGCCAAUCCAAAGCGCUUCCAAGAAAACCUCUUUGGAGGAAGAUUCUUGAAGAAUUUGAUCCAGUUUAACUUCACAGGGGUGCUUGGCACUAGUGGGAAGUACAGCAUUGGCCAGUUUUUCCCACAGGCAAAUCUGUCAGAGAUGGGUAAUGGCCAAGGCCCUCUGGAAUCAGCUGAGGCAUUUUCACUGGAGGUAUCAAAGGGGAGCUCCAUUUUGAGUAAACCUCUUGUGAGCAGCUUUGGCCGCACAGUAACUCUGCAGGACAAUCAGAAUAGGAUGAAAUUCCUUUCUUCUCUCCUGGAACUACCACAGUUCUUUACUUUUCUUCAGCAAGUAAUUUCUGUCCCCGAAAGCAUUGCUGAAGAUUUAGGUGAAGUGGUGAAACUAGCACUGGGAUCCAGAGGCUGUGAUGAGGAGCCAAGGGACCUGUUUGUUCCAGCAUGCACCAAGGAGGGGAGGUAUGAGGAGGUUCAGUGCUAUGCAGGAGAGUGCUGGUGUUUGGACUCUUUGGGUAAGGAGGUUCCAGGCUCAAGACGUCAAGGCAAACGCCCAAGGUGUCCCACUGAGUGUGAGAAGCAAAGGAGAAACCUGAAGAACCUGAAGCAAAGCCUCCCUGCGGGAUCAGAUCUCUUUAUUCCCUCUUGUACUGAGGAUGGAGACUUUCUGCCACUCCAGUGUUAUGGAACAAAUUGCUUCUGUGUCGAUUUGAAUGGCAAGACUAUUCCAGGAGUCAGGGGGAAAGCUGGAAAGCCGAUGCAAUGCCCAAGUGCUUGCCAAGUAGCAGCUGGUCAGGAGUUUCUCAGGGCUGUGAAGCUGCUGUUGUCAGAUCCAGGUGCUGUGCCCCAGCUGUCCAGCCUUCACCUCCCACAGUGUGACGCUGCGGGUGGCUGGAGGCAGGUGCAGUGCAGUGGCCCUCCCGAGCAAGCCUUCGAGUGGUACGAAAGGUGGAUUGCAGAGAACAACGAGGGCAAGCCCCUGCCCGUUCCUGAUCUAUUGGACAUAAUAGCUGGGUAUAAAGAGGCAUCCUCUGGAGACUUUUCAGCUUUUGUUAAAGCUUUGUAUGAGGCUGGGCACCAGAACGUCUUCCCUACGUUCUCCAUGUAUUCCUCCUUCACGGAUCUCCCACCUCAAGUGCUGAAGGGAAACCUGACCAGUGCAUCAGAGAACAUUUUGCUGGACCCAUAUACGUUCUGGCAGCUCCUGACUGACCAGCUCAGCUACUACCCAGGACCCUACACUGAUUUCAGUGCUCCUUUAGGCCACUUUGAACUUCGUGAUUGUUGGUGUGUUGACAGCAAAGGAGGAGAGCUGGAAGGAACAAAGGCAGGAGUGAACCAGGUUCCAGCAU